AUGGCCAAGUCACACCUUAUUAUCGUGCCCUGUCAUUCAAUUUGGAAGAUUGACAAUGGUUUAGAACCCGAAAACUACGGUCAGUCAUCCAAACAUUGGUUUCUGGCACCGUUCCAGUAUGAAGGCCGCGACCAUCUUUCUUUUGUAAUGCAUUCACUGUUGGCCAUUGAGGAAUUACUGAAAGACACAGAGAAUUCCUUAUUGCUGUUCAGUGGCUCAUGCACCAAGAAGGAAGCCGGCAAUGUCUCAGAGGCCCAUUCGUACUUUUUGCAAGCCCGCAAGCUGUUGAACGCAGUUUCUUACGGCUUCGAUCUCCCCGCGACGUUUACGAGCCACAAGGACAUCUCAAGAUGUUGCCACUCGAUCGACCAAAAAAUGAAAGCCCAAAACCUUACCGUAGAUGAGCUGUUUGCGAAGCACAUCGAAAUAGAGGGGUUUGCCUUGGAUUCGCUUGACAACUUGUUGUACUCGUUAGUCAAGUUUAAAGACUUGACAUCGAAUGAUGCAUCCAGAGUAACCCUUUCGGGAUUUGGCUUUAAGAAAAGACGCUUCCUUGAGCUGCAUGCAGGUGCAAUUGACUACCCUGCAGGUAAAAUCAACUAUAUCUCUUAUGAGCCCAAGCCAAUUUCAAUUGAUGCCGAAGAGUUGGAAAAGUAUGCUCAGGAUCUUGAGUAUCAGGAAAUGAAAAAUGCGCUUGUGCCCUUUAAAGCAGACUGGUACGCCUUGAGAGACCCCUUAGUUGAAAAAAAACAGCAACGCAAUGUUUUCAAUUUGAAGCCAAAUUAUAAACUACCGUUUGACAAAACCGAGAAUAAUGGAAAUGACUACGAGUUCUUCAAAAACCACGUCCAGCACAAAAUGCCUUGGUCUUCCAACGCUCAAAUAUAA